GGAAUUCCAGGAACUACCCUGGAAUGAAAUUAUUUGAGCAGACUAAUUUUAGAUGCCACUGAUUAAAUAAAACACUAAAAGAAUAAAAUAAGCAGAGAAAUAAACGGGGAGACUCUGAGGAGAAAUAAUAUCUGAUCCUCCUUCUAAACUCUUCACAAAGGUAACCUAAUUAAAAUUCCUUUUUCUCCUUUUUUUCCCCCCCUGAAAUCUAAGUUCUUUUAUCGAGACCAAAGCAGAAAAGGGAAAAAAAAAGAGGGAGAUGGGGUUGUCUUUUACAAAGCUUUUCAGCCGGCUUUUCGCCAAGAAGGAGAUGCGUAUUUUAAUGGUGGGUCUUGAUGCAGCUGGUAAAACUACUAUUUUAUACAAGCUCAAGCUCGGUGAAAUAGUCACCACUAUCCCAACCAUCGGGUUCAAUGUCGAGACAGUGGAAUACAAGAACAUCAGCUUCACUGUUUGGGAUGUCGGUGGCCAAGACAAGAUCCGUCCUUUGUGGAGGCACUAUUUCCAAAACACUCAAGGUCUCAUUUUCGUGGUGGAUAGCAAUGACAGGGACCGUGUUGUUGAAGCAAGGGAUGAACUGCACAGGAUGUUGAAUGAAGAUGAAUUGAGAGAUGCCGUUUUGCUCGUAUUUGCCAACAAACAAGAUCUUCCCAAUGCAAUGAAUGCUGCUGAAAUAACUGAUAAGCUUGGUCUUCAUUCUCUCCGCCAGCGCCACUGGUAUAUCCAGAGUACAUGUGCAACUUCUGGAGAAGGCCUUUACGAGGGACUCGAUUGGCUUUCCAACAACAUUGCUAGCAAGGCAUGAGGGAGGAUGGGUGUUUGAUUGUUAGCUCAACUCUGGCCAAGAUAGCUUCCUCUGCCAUACGAAACUUUUUCGUAACGACGAAAUGUUUAUUAGAUAUGAUAUUGCGAUAUGCGCUUUGUUUAACCUCAACUAUACUCGUGACUUUCGGAAAUGGGAGUUCUUAGGGAGUGAAAAUAUUUCGACUUAAUUAAGUUGAUAUUUUUUAUUUUAUCAUCUUAAACUCGAUUUAUAAUUUUUUUAAUUAAGUCGAGUCAAAUUGAGUGAAA